UGGAAAAGUUGAUCAGAACAUAAGGGAUUUAAACAUGUACACCAUCCUAGAACUUUGUUAUCAUAGACCCGAAACACCCGAGACUAUCAGACUACCUUCGAGCUUCUGGAAGCUUGGUGAGACCGACAGGCCUCUUUCUGUAAGGACAAGGAUGUUUGGUCGUGCCUGGCCAAUUAGAGCUCCUGUAAGAGAUGGAAUCAUUCCAACGUGGCCACAACUUCUCAAUAGCCUAAGUGUUCCGUGCACUGAUGAUGAAGUAGCAACAAAAUGGGUGAAUGACCCUGCAGUUAGGAAGACAAUUCAUGCUGAAAACGAGGCCGUGAUCGGUGAAUGGGAGUUAUGUACGGACAACAUCUUAUAUAAUCAUGAUGUCGGUAGCAUGAUUAAGUAUCACAAGAAUCUUACUUCCAGGGGAUAUCGAGCACUCAUAUACAGUGGGGAUCAUGAUAUGUGUGUUCCAUUCACCGGGACCGAAGCCUGGACAAGAUCGGUCGGAUAUGAGAUAGUGGAUGAAUGGAGGCCAUGGACUUCCAAUGGACAAGUUGCAGGGUAUUUGCAAGGUUAUGACCACAACCUGACCUUUUUAACCAUAAAGGGAGCAGGACACACAGUCCCAGAAUAUAAACCUCAAGAGGCCUUGGAUUUUUACACCAGAUUCCUUGCAGGGAAACCUAUAUGAAACAAAUUUUCUUCUAAUUUUUAAAUUAUAAUUGCAUGUUGAUGAUAGGUUAUUCACAUAAUUUCUAAAA